GAGGAGAGAGUCAAACGCUGAGCGCCAUGGCUCCUCCGGCUCCGGGCCCGGCCUCGGGCGGCUCCGGGGAAGUGGACGAGCUCUUCGACGUGAAGAACGCCUUCUACAUCGGCAGCUACCAGCAGUGCAUCAACGAGGCGCAGCGGGUGAAGCUGUCAAGCCCUGAGAAGGAGGUGGAGAGGGACGUCUUCCUGUACAGAGCGUACCUUGCCCAGCGGAAGUACGGCGUGGUCCUGGACGAGAUCCAGCCCUCCUCGGCGCCCGAGCUGCAGGCCGUGCGCACCUUUGCUGAGUACCUGGCCAGCGAGAGCCGCCGGGACACCAUCGUGGCCGAUCUGGACCGGGAGAUGAGCAGAAGCGUGGACGUGAGCAACACCACUUUCCUGCUCAUGGCGGCUGCCAUCUACUUCCACGACCAGAACCCGGACGCUGCGCUGCGCGCCCUGCACCAGGGCGACAGCCUGGAGUGCAUGGCCAUGACGGUGCAGAUCCUUCUAAAGCUCGACCGCUUGGACCUUGCCCGGAAGGAGCUGAAGAAAAUGCAGGACCAGGACGAAGACGCCACCCUGACCCAGCUGGCCACCGCCUGGGUCAACCUAGCUGUGGACAGCAGCCACCCCGAGACCCUGGUGAACCUCGUGGUCCUGUCGCAGCACCUGGGCAAGGCCCCAGAGGUGACAAACCGCUACCUGUCCCAGCUGAAGGACGGGCACCGGUGGCACCCCUUCAUCAAGGAGUAUCAGGUCAAGGAGAAGGAGUUUGACCGGCUGGCGCUGCAGUACACCCCUAGUGCCUGAGCACCUGCCCCCACCCCCCCCACGCCAGCAAUAAAUGUCUGGACUCUGCCGUGUCCCCA